CUGGCACUCCAUAUCACCGAAGCCGAGAGUUCGAGGGAAAUUCCGAAGAUCGAAUACCAACGACGAGGAAUCAACAAAAAGUCUAAAAUGGCUGGGAAAGAAACAGAAACAAACAUUUCGAAUGAAGAUGAUCUUGAAAGGAAACAUUUUAUGCGGAUCCUAGCAGCAUUUAUGUAUUACAAAACCUAUGUAUCGAGUCGAGUUGAUCAGGCACGUGCAUCAUUCAAGUCUAUUCCACAGCACCACCAAGACCUGUUGCCAGACUUCAUACCCCAUCUCGAACAGAUCAAACACUGCAUUGACCAUAACUUCAUCAUCAUUCAGCUCAUGCUAGACAGCACAAAGGAUAUGUUUGAGAACAGCUCAGUGGUAACCAAUGGUGAGAGUGCUGGGGCUAAAGCUGUUGUGAAGAUGGACAUGGAUAAAGUAGUAACUACCUUGAAGCAGUUCUUCAGAGAUUGGAGUUCAGAUGGCAAGGAAGAGAGGGAUGGAUGUUAUAAGCCUAUCAUUGAUGAGAUAAAACAGUUAUACCCAAAGGGAAAAUGUAAACCAGAUGAAGUGGAUGUGUUGGUUCCAGGUGCAGGGUUAGGUCGGUUAGCCUUUGAGAUUGCAAGCAACGGAUACCGUUGCCAGGGCAAUGAAUUCAGCCUGUUCAUGCUCAUUGCCUCACACUUUGUCCUCAACAAGUCUACAGAAACAAACAUAUUUACAUUGUAUCCAUGGAUACAUGCAUUCAGCAACAACAAAUUAUCAGCCAAUCAGAUCAGGCCUAUCCACUUCCCUGACAUCAAUCCCAUGCUCCUUUCCGAUGCACAUUUUUCUAUGGUAGCUGGGGAUUUCCUUGAAGUCUACACAGAUGAAGAUGUAUGGGACUGUGUAGCCACCUCCUAUUUCAUAGACACAGCCAACAACAUCCUAGCUUACAUAGAGAAGAUCUACCGUAUUCUGAAACCUGGCGGACACUGGGUUAAUUUAGGUCCUCUCCUUUAUCACUUUGAAAACAUGCCUAAUGAGGAUUCCAUAGAGAUCAGUUAUGAUGUUCUACAGAGGGUGAUUCUAGAUAUGGGCUUCAAGAUUCUGAAAGAGAACCCCUGUGUAAGAUCAACCUACAUCCAAGAUCCAGAAUCCAUGAUGAGAUACUCCUAUGAAUGUGUUUUCUUCGUCUGUCAAAAACCAGCUUCCCCUCAUGAAAGAGCACAGGAGCAAUUAUGACAGUACUCUCCCCUCAGUUAUUCAUUUAUAUGCCAAGUCUGCCUCUAGUUGUUGUCAAAUGUAUAUAUUUCCAAUUAUCCGUAACCAUU